GCCAAGUGUUACACUCUAAGCAGCUUAGGUGCAGAGGAAAUAGAUCGAUGCCUCUUUAAAGUGGAUCAGUGUUUUGUAAUGAAAGCGUUUUCCUUCGCUUUCUAUUAUUAGCCGGAGGCCUGGGAGUCAGCGGAGGUGGAUCGCGGCUCGGCUCUCUCUCUCUCACGGUGGCGAUCCGCCGAUUCCUCUCUAGCCUUCUGCGUUGUUUAUAGUUUUUAAAAUGACGCCGAACGCGGAGCCUCGGCAGGUGGACGCCGCUUCGGAUGGACGUGCGCCCCACUUCCUCCUCCCGCAGCCCGGUGCAGCUCUUCCUCAUGUUGCGGUCGCAUUUGACAGAUGCUGAUAUGGACUAUGAGAGGCCGAACGUUGAGACAAUCAAGUGUGUGGUGGUGGGGGACAAUGCCGUGGGAAAGACCCGCCUCAUCUGUGCUCGGGCCUGCAACGCCACGCUUACGCAGUACCAGCUGCUUGCAACGCAUGUGCCCACAGUUUGGGCGAUAGACCAGUACAGAGUGUGCCAGGAAGUGCUGGAGCGAUCGAGGGAUGUGGUGGAUGAUGUCAGCGUCUCACUCCGCCUCUGGGAUACUUUCGGAGACCAUCACAAGGACCGACGGUUUGCCUAUGGGAGGUCUGAUGUGGUGGUGUUGUGCUUCUCAAUCGCCAACCCUAACUCUCUGUACCACGUCAAGACCAUGUGGUACCCAGAAAUCAAACACUUCUGUCCCCGAGCUCCGGUCAUCUUAGUCGGCUGUCAGCUGGAUCUACGCUACGCCGACCUGGAGGCAGUAAACCGGGCCCGGAGGCCAUUGGCGAGACCUAUUAAAUCCAAUGAGAUACUCCCACCCGAGAGAGGUCGCGAGGUGGCCAAAGAGUUGGGAGUGCCGUAUUAUGAAACCAGUGUUGUGGCUCAGUUCGGCGUCAAGGACGUCUUUGACAAUGCGAUACGAGCAGCUUUAAUAUCACGCCGCCACCUGCAGUUCUGGAAAUCUCACCUUCGAAACGUGCAGCGGCCCCUUCUUCAGGCGCCGUUCCUUCCUCCCAAACCGCCACCCCCGAUCAUAACGGUACCUCCGCCCCCAUCCACGACAGAGGAGCAUCCCGUGGGGCUUCUGGAGGAUCCACACUGCGCUGACGUCAUCUUGGUCCUGCAGGAGCGGCAAAAAAUCUUUGCACACAAGAUUUACUUGGCUACGUCCUCUUCAAAGUUUUAUGACCUUUUUAUUAUGGACACACAAAAUGAGGAGGCCGAGAGACCCCAUCGUGCUCCUCUCUCGGGGCGAGAACUGCUGAUGCGCGCCGCUAGCUUUGACGUUUGUGAAAGCAGCGACGAGGGAGACAGAGCCAACUUGAGGGCCUGCACCAGUGACGGAACCUUGAAAGACUCGGAGGGAGGAAGACGAGGCCGACUUUUGUCGUCAUGGAGCCGAGCUUUUGUCAGCAUCCAAGAGGAGCUGGUGGAUGACCCCGUGUCGUACAGCCCGAGGCCGAUGACCGUGGUGCACAUGGACCAAUCCAUGCAGCUGGGGCCCUUUCGAGCCGUCCUACGGUACCUGUACACAGGCCAGCUGGACGAGAACGAAAAAGAACUGAUGCAUAUUGCACACAUCGCCGAGCUGCUGGAGGUCUUCGACCUGCGGAUGAUGGUGGCAAACAUUCUCAACAACGAAGCCUUCAUGAACCAAGAGAUCACCAAAGCCUUCCAUGUCCGCCGCACAAACAGAGUGAAGGAGUGCUUGGCCAAAGGCACCUUUUCUGAUGUAAUAUUCAAGCUGGAUGAUGGGACAAUCAUGGCACACAAGCCUCUUCUCAUCUCCAGCUGUGACUGGAUGGCAGCUAUGUUUGGUGGACCUUUUGUGGAGAGUUGCACCAAAGAGGUGCUGUUCCCCAACACCACUCGCAGCUGCAUGAGGGCCGUGCUGGAGUAUCUGUACACGGGACGCUUCUGUUCUCGCACUGACCUGGAUGCGAUGGAACUCAUCGUUCUGGCCAAUCGUCUCUGCCUCCCCCACUUGGUUGCACUUACGGAGCUCUACACUGUUACUGUCCUGACAGAGGCAGCGAUGAUGGGGGCUGACAUUGAUGGAGAUGUUCUGGUCUAUCUGGACAUGGCUCAGUUUCAUGGUGCCCAGCAGUUGACCGGCUGGUGUCUUCAUCACAUCUGCACCAACUACAACAGUGUUUGUCGCAAGUUUCCUCGUGACAUGAAGUCAAAGUCCACAGAGAACCAGGACUACUUUGAGAAGCAUCGGUGGCCGCCAGUGUGGUAUCUCAAAGAGGACGACCACUACCAAAGAGCACGCAAGGAGCGAGACAAAGAGGACUACUUGUACCAGAGACGACAAUGCAAACGCAAAUGGCUCUUCUGGAACCUUCCUUCCUCCCCGAAUUCAAACUCUCCUUCUUCUGGCUCAUCUGCAAUCAUAUGAGACAGCAGUGGGUGCAGAUGAGGAGCCACAUCACUGAUCCAAGCCUGUGAUGUUUAUAGUCAUGUUGUGUAUUUAUUUAUCGCGGUGUCUGCAGGCGGAUCGUCCUCCUAUUGAAUUUGCAAAUUAGACAUAACCUUCUCUGGCUGACCCGCCUGAGGGCCACUCACACUUCAGUCGUUAUCCAGUGGACAAAGCUCUCCAGCAAGCUUUUUGACUCCUCUGCCGCAGAACUUUCAUGUUUCCAACCGGACCGCUAACCAAGUGCUGCUUAUCAGCUGCAAAACCAGCAAAUCUACACAGAUGUUACGUCUCAGAGAUACGACACUUUGCCCUUAAGUGUUAAUACAAUCUACAACACCAUACAAACAGUGUUUCAUCAGAUGGAUGGUUAUUAUACUGUUUCUCAGAAGCUGCUGGUAUUUAACUACUUUUGUAUUAUGUUCGACGCUUGUGUUGUCGCCACACAGUUAAAUGUGUGUUAUAGAUGUGUGUGUGGGCACAGGAAAUGUUUUUGUUGACCAAAGCAGUGCUUUCAACAUGACAAAAGAAUUGUGGAAGAAUUGUAUUUCAUUUUGGGUGAGAUGAAAAUAAUCUCCUGCUUAUGUAAGAGUGGCUUGAUGCGAAUUUAAAUCAUAUUUUGAUUGUUAAAUAACAGCUCAUGAUCACUCACUGUUGGUGAGAAUCAUUGGCUGCACCUUCAAAGACUCCACGUGUUUAUCACAUUUGCUCUGAGGACCUUCUCCCCUCAUGCAUUUUGUGGACUCCACUUUACUCUGAUGUGAAACAUCCGUCUGCAGCGCUCCAGUGAAACACCCCCCAAAGACAGAAGCGCGUUGACAUGCUCUGAAAAAGCGAGGCAGAAGAAGGAUGAACAAUGAUUCCGAUUGAUUUAAAAAAAAACAACAACCUUGUUUUGCACAACCCCACUGACUCCAUGUUCAAGAUUGUCUCAUACAUACACAAUGGCUAGUCUUCAGCAAGUAAUGUAUCGAUAAAUAGAGCUGUAUAUUGUACUAUACCGUAGAAAUCCAUUUAAACUUGCACUACUUCAUUGUGCAGUUAGGUAUAUUUGUGUGCACUGCAGGCAGUGUACAUCAUAUUGCUGGGUCAUACAGUUUUGAAUUUAGACUUGAAUUAUCUGACAUGUAUUUUUUUUGCAAAGCUAUACACUUUUAAAAAUGUUUUUUUUUUUUUUUCCCGUGGGUCUAGUUUUGUCUGUGAUGAAGUGUAGUAUAUAGCUAGAACCAUAGUUGUCAGGAUAGGUUUAUUCAAGGUCUUGAUUUUAACCUGAAACCGAUAUUUUCCAGCCUUUUUUCAGCUCAUAAUUUGAUGUUCGAAGAUGCUUGUCAAACUACUGAUUUUGUGACUACUGCACCUGCAAAACAAUAGCAGGGCGCACCAAAAAUAUAUUAGGGGUUUAAAACUAGUUGUAGCUGUUUAUAUUUUCAUAAACAACUUUUGUGUAGUGCUAACCAACUUUAAAUAUGCGAAUUAUUCAAUAUUUACAUGGUUAGAUAUUAGGCAUUAGCGUGAGUAAGAUGCACCCCCAUCCAGCAGAGCACCGGACUAAUACAUAACACCGUAAUGAUGUAACUAUGUGUGGUUUAAAAGCAGAAUGUUGCGUAAUGUUCCAAUGCCCCGGUGGUGAUGAACGUCGACACAUUUCAUUCCUCAGUGCAAUUUCUGAUGAAUAAUCUGCUGAUGUUUUGCAUCAACACCUCAUGCCUUAACUGUACAGAUGUGGUGUACUGUGGUCUGUUAAUUUGCUCUGUUAGGUAACAUGGUGCUCUCUAGGCCAUCUGUGUUUGUAGAUGUAUGUAUUCCCUGACUUGGAUGUAAAACAUGUGGUGAGACAUGAAGUGUUUUCAGCGCUUACCUCCAAACACUGCACAGGGUUUACCAAUCUAAAGCUAACAGCAUCAAGGUCACUAACUCAAAUUCAUCAGGGGAAUACAACCAUUAACUGAAUGCAGGGAUAUGAAAUUGGUUUCAUCAUUUGAAGAGUUGCUUGAUAUCUGCAUGAAUCCAAAUUGCUGUCACCACACCGGAGUAGACUUGGGCGCUGAAUUGGAAUAAGAAAUUUGUACAUACAAAUAGAUCGAUGACUUAAACUGUCUCGAAGCAACGGACGAGCUACUGCAUAGUUAUUGUGGUAAUGUUUUUGUACUAUGCACAAUGAAAUGUGUGACUUUGAAAAUACAAAUUUGCACUGCUUUGUAGCAACUAAUUCAAAUUGCUUUCCGGGAAGAAAAAAAAAAUCAUCAUUGAGAAAUUGAUUAAGAAAAAAUAAAUACUUAGAAAAUAAAAUAAAAAAAACAGAGGAGAUGAUGAUGAAGAAAAAAAGCUGGGGCCCUUUCCCAAGUGUUUGGGUGCUACUAUUGCCGCUGCAGAAAAGCACAAACCAAAGGGAGCUGUCGCAGCACCAGGAACACAUGAAGAUUAACUGUAUGCUGCACAAUCUCUUCUUGCAUAGAUUAAGAGGCCUUGUUUAGAGUUGACAAAAUAAAAAUAAAUAAAAUUGAA